UAAGAGUAGAGUGAAUGAUUCUGCAGUCAGUCGACUAGACUAUGAACAGUUAAUAGUAAUUAGUUAAUACUGGUUCUGACAUCAAGUGUAUCAGAAUUUGAUGCCUGAGGCAGAAAGGCAUCCUGCUCGUUCCGUGUCUUCCAGCUUUCUCUGAAUUCUUCUUCUCCGGCCAAAAACUCCUCCCAAACCUCUGUCUCUCGCGUCUUGUGAAUAGCCAAGAAAAAGAAAAGAAAAAAAAUAAUCAUCCUCAUCCACGAUCCUGGACGCCUCAUUCAUUUUCCUUCUUCCCUUUGCCCACCCUGACCUUGCCUCUCCCUUGGGCCUUCCUCUCCCUCCUCUGCUCGUUUCUCUGCCCUCUCGUCGCCCUGCUCACUCAGCCUUACCCACUUUCACCUGGGCCGGAACAGAUAUUUCUAUCGCUCGACUGCUGCGGCCCCUCUCGUCAUCCCUCUUUUCCGAGGUCACUACUGCCCCUACAACCCACCUUUUCGCUCUCCUCCCCACCCCAAGCACGCUGUCUCCGUUCCUAUCCUUCUCUCGCCUGGUCCAAGUCUUUGGCUUCCUUCUGCCAAACUGACUCGGACCCGGCUAUCUGGCUUCCUCGUCGAUGCCACGCCCAUCAUCCACCCCCAGGAAGAAUCACAACAAUCGGCACGAGAAUGGCCUCAACGGCGCCGGCAAGAAACUGAAUAAGCAGAAAUCGAACGGCCACCUGAAUGGGAACGCCUCCGCCAAGUCUGCCUCUUCUGCCUCCGCUUCCGGUUCCUCAUCUCAGUCCAACUUGUCGUACUGCGCCUCCCGCCUCUCGUCCGAUCCCGCUGGUGCGUCGUCCACGGUGACAAAGGUGAACGGACAAGCGAAUGAUGCCAGGCUGGAGGGCAACGCACGAGGGUAUGUCAACGGCUACGGCAAAGGAAAUGCGGACAUGCUGCUUGGGAACUCAAACGGGGCCGCGCCCCAAAAUGGCCUUCUGGCCGCCCACGCUUCUCGUCGCUCGGAAAAAUCGUCCAACGGCUCCAAGAAGUCGGGCUCGAAUGCCUCUGUCAACCCGCUGCAGCUAGCCUCCACCAUUCUCAGGUCUUGCCCCAUGUACGACACCAUCGCCAUCCUGAUCUUCCUCCUGCAGCUGCCGCCGAUGGUCCUUACCUGCGUCCAGUUUCUUUUCGCGUCCCUAACCUUCUUGCCCCCAUCCGGUGCUUCCUCGGGCUCGUUGACGUCCAAUUUCGACAUCUUCCAAGGCCCUGCCGGAACACCGUCGCUGAGCACCAUGAUCGCCAUGGAUGGCUUCUGUUUGUUCUUCUGGGGCCUUUUCAUGUGGACGUGGGCGCAGAAUUUCGCUUUGGAUCUAGCACACGUUCAAGUCGCCAUCACGCUGGGCGGAGGCGGUUCGGGGAAGAACAGCGGGGUCAAUACUCUUUGUGUCGGCAUCGUUCUCGUCCUACAUCUCGUUCGCAGUAAAGGCAUACAGGAUUUCGUUUUAAAUCAUCUUCUUUCCGCAAAAUUUGUUUCUCCAGAUUUGUUGUCUCAAUAUUCGCAUCUCAUCCCGGCCGAACUUCGAAGCACCGAACCGCAGACUUCUCCCAGUUGGAUAAGAAGCCUUCUUGCCGUUCACAUCUUGGCCCAGGCGGGAACCGCCAUAGCCAGACGAUCUAUGGCCAAGAACCGAUCACCCGCUCCGUCUCGAUCCGGGAAACGUGUAGAUACAGAGGCGUCUGCGGGUUCGCAGACGCAAAUCGAUUCCGCGUUCGAAUCUGCAGCUAGCGUCUCGUUCUAUGUAUGUAAUGAUGGGCAGGUGCUAGCGCCGUCGGUCAUGAAAGACGGCAGGGAUCGACUGACUUCGGCCAAGAGACGCCGCAGACAGGCAAAUCAAGUCCGGAGUCGCCAGCCUUUUUGGGCUGCACUCGCUAACAUGAAAAUUACUAUUAUGAGAGAGUACGAACAUUCCAAGGCUCUGUCUAAGACUGCGCGAGGUCUUCCCAUGACCGAAGACGAUCUCCAAGGGGUUACUUUGGACGAUGGUCUUGUUUGGAUCACCAACGUCGACGGCUCCUCCAUCAAGUUUGCCGCAGCCGAUUUUGGCACCGCAGAUGAUCCCACGGCUUCGGGGGCUUGUGGGGCUGGGCGUCUCGGGGGUGAGGAGAUGGCACCUUUCUACGUCUGUGUCAAUGGAGCCCUUUGGACGACGGUUACCAUGUGCAAAGUGCAGGAUGCGCCUAACGGGACCAAUGCUGUCCAGUGGCGGGGCGAGAUUUCUGGCCUUGCUCCGAAUUGUGCCUAUACCUGUUCCUUUUUACGGAGCGAUACUGAUGAUGAAAUCUGCGUCAUGAGCGUCAAGACUCCCGCGACGACUGACGCGGAACAAGUCGUAUCGUCGGUGUCGACUCCCCCGCAGCCCUCCUAUCGACCAUCAUCGCCCACCACGACGCUGAAAAAUUCCAUCGUCAAUGCAGAGGUCAAGCUGAAUGAGAAACGCUCUCGUCUGAAGAAGGCCAAGAAUGACCACAAGCUUGCCAUUUCCAAGAUCCGGAAAGAGCUGGACAAUUACAACCACCGCCUUCGUAGUGGCACCGACGAAAACAGACAGAGGCAGCGCUCGUUGCAGCUCGAGCGUACCAUUAAGCAGACUGAAGAGAUGACUGCCGAAUUGGAACGUCAACUGAACAACUUAGACACCGCCCCUGACGAGGAACUGGAGAAAUGGUCAACUGAGAAAGCCUAUUUCGAAAGCGAAUUGGAACGUCUCAACUCGGCUAAAGAGGAUCUUCUAGCCGCAAAGACUUCGGUUGCCCGUGAACUAUCCUCGUUGGAGUCGGAACUACAUUCCACGACGCAGAGACGGGAACGCCUCCAGAGUCGCAGAACACGACUUAACGAGCAGUAUGAGCGAAUCGUGUCUGCUAACGCACAGGGUCUUAACGAACGGGAGCGUCGUGCUGCGGAACAGUUUGCAAGAGAGCAGGAUCACGCCAAGCUUGAAGCGAGCUUCCAUGAGCAGUUUGCAAGCUUCAGCCAGUCUAUCCAAGAGUACCAGUUGCGGACCAAUCAACUCUGGCAGCAAGCGGCUGCUAUCGAACAGGCGAUUCAUCAGCAGCGGCAGCAGCAACAGCAGCAACUACUCAUGGAUACCGGCCCGCUUACCCCGGAAGGCGAUCUGCCUGGAACCAAUCCCCUUCCCGAGAGCACUGGCAUUCUUUCGACAGGACUGACAACAACCGCUCCCAGUGGUAGAUCUCUCCUCGGAUUGAGCUUCACUGCUCUCAAGUCUAGCCCACUUCAAUCCACUUCUUCCCCGGUUGGUGCCGGAUCUUCUCUCUCUGCCAGCCCAGCACAACAGCCGUCGUAUCUGCAGCAUCUCUCGUCGACCUCGUCGUAUUUCAGCCCGGAUUCUAUCCAUCGGGUUCGUUCCCUCUCUAACCGCUCUACGCGAAGUGGUCAGUUUCACUUGGAUGCCAUGGAUAUGAUCCGACUACCAUCAUUACAGGUUGAUUCGUCGGAGCCAGAUACGGAUAAAAGAGGCAGCACCGGUUCUGAUGGCAACAGUUCGUUUAAUAUGAGCUUCCGGCCUGUUUCCAGUCCGUUUCAGCGUACUGGAAGCCAUGGAAGUGGCAGUGGGAGUGGCAGUGGUAGCGGAAGCGGCAGCCCAUGUUCUCUCCGCGGCAAAGGGAGCUUGAAUUAAAGACUCAGAAGAUGUGUGACCUCUUCAGAAAAAUUGUAGUAUUUCGUGACCAGUCUCAAUUUGUCUCUGUUGUUUCCUCGGGUCAGUGCCUCUUAGCCCAGAUCGGGUUCCUGGUACAUUGCACCUAAGAGCAUGGGAAGAUGUGAAUUAGCAAGCUCAGUCAAUCCAAAAAAGAAGUUCAAUCUCUCUCGAACAGUCUUCUGGUUCAAACCCUAUUUCGUAAUAGCACUACAACAAGCUAUGGCGGUCAAAUUACAAAUCAUAAUGCACAAUGUAUGGGGGGAACUCAUAAGCUCAUAGGAACAUUUCUGGACGCAGGAAUAAAUGUCAAGGAAAAGGCCGCUGAUGGGGAGACAGUGAGCAAGAAGAGAAGAGAGAGAGAGAGAGAGAGAGA